AUGAUCGCUCUCCUUGGCAUAGCCCCAGGUGGCACCGCUGUCCCUGCGAGGGUCCCUGGGAGUACCAUGACUCCUGGCAGGGCCAUUGGGACGCUGCCGUCCCUGGGAGGGCCCCUGGUUGCGCUGAUGCCCCGAAGGAGAACCCCGGCGGGCACCAUCACCCCUGUGUAUGCCCCUGGAACCACCACCGCCUCUGGGAGAGCCCUUAGGGGCACCGUCGCCCUUGGGAGAGCCCCUGGGGUCGCCACCGCCUCUUGGAGGGCCCCCGCCGCCACUGGGAGGGCUCUUGAGGACGCCGGUGCCCGUGGAUGGGGCUCUCGGGGCGCCGGCACCCAUGGGAGGGCCCUGAAAGCGCCGUGGUCCCUGGGAGGGCCCUUGGGGGCGCCACCGCCCAUGCAGGGCCUCCGCGGCUCUGCCGGCCCUGGGAGGGCCCCUGGGGUUGCCGAUCCCCCUGAGGGCAUCGCAGCAUUUGGGAAGGCCCCUGCAGGAGCCUCUGCCCCUGGGAGGGCCCCUGGGGUGCCGCUGCCCCUGGGCGGGCCCCCGGAAGUGCCACCACCUGUAGGAGGGUCCUUGAGAGCACCAUCGCCCCUGCGAGAGCCCCUUGUGUUUGGUUAUAGUUUUAACCCCCAUCCUUCAUCAGUUGUUAGACAAAUGGUAGUUGUGUGA